CGUCUGGGAUACAACAGAACAAAAGUGAGAAGAAACGGGGAGGUUUGACAGGAAACCCGACUGAGAUGUAAGAGUAAGAAAGCGAUAGACACAGCAAAAUGAAAACGUUGAAAAAAUCCUCGGGAUGGUCCCUGGAGUGAAAUAUUGGAGAAUAACAACCUUACAAUGAUGGAACUUGGCUGUUGAAAGAAGGAACCUGAAGGUGAAUGCAAAGAUCCAUGUGCUGUCUCUCCAUUGAAGUAAAUCGCAUGUGCUGUCUCUCCACUGAAGGUGAAUAGCAGAUGAGCAGAAGAAGAAAGUUACAUUAAUUUUCCAUUUUCCUAUUAUGUUCACCAUGUAAUAGUUGCAUCCAUGCCUGCUGUGAAUGAUGACUUGGUGUAUUGGAGCAUAAUGGUUUAGUGGACUUACCCAAUGAAGCUGGAGAAGUUGGAGAACAAACUGGGGAAGAGUUGCAGAAGUUUUCAUGAAAGUGCUCCAAAAAAGAAGAUUCCAAACUUCUCAACUGUUGCAGAUGUGCAUGAGCAAAAGGAACUAUUAUACAUUAAUGUGGGAUGAAUAAAUGAUCUAUACAGCAACUGAAGUCAGUAAGCUGUCUCCAUGGCCUACCUCAGUGCCAAUGAAACAUCCUGGGAGAGCAGCACAUGAUAAUUAGCUAUAUGGCCGUCCCCAGAAAUUGCUGAGUGCUGCAUGAAUAGUUAUAUCCAUUCCUUCAAGAUGCACAUGAAGCGAUAAUGGAAGCACCUGAAUAUCUUGACUUGGAUGAGAUAGAUUUUACCGAUGAUAUCUCCUAUUCUGUGACAUCACUGAAGAGUAUUCCAGAGCUCUGUAGAAGGUGUGAGUCACAAAAUGAAGAGAGAUCAGCUCCCAGUACAGGGUGGAACUCUGGGCUUUCAUCACUGAUUGGAAAUGUGCAGAAGCCAACUGGCAUUGUAGAUGUGCACAGCAAGUUCAGACCAGUGAAGAGGGUUUCACCGUUAAAGCACCAGCCUGAAAACCCUGACAGUGAUGGAGGAGAUGAGCCACAGUCUCAAAAGGGGGAAUGCCCGAAGGAGGAGGUUUCUGAAAAGCUACAGCAGUUCAACAGUCAGCAUCUCAGUGAUGGACAGCCUGGUAAAAAUAAAGAUACUGAAAACACUGUUUCACUUGGAGAGCUGGAACACUAUGACCUGGACAUGGACGAAAUCUUGGAUGUGCCUUACAUCAAAUCUAGUCAACAGCUCUCAUCCUUUACAAAGGUAACUCCAGAAAAGAGGAUUCUGGGUUCAUGCCCCAAUGCCAAAGGUCACGCAAGUAAGCCUUGCUCUUCAGCAGGCACUGAGGACUUGACAGCCAAUAUGACACAAUUUUGUGUUCUCUCCCCAGUCAAAAGCUCUGAACACAGAAAGCCACAUGUCAUUGUCCCCGAUCAGUAUAAGCAUUCAUCAGGGGGAUUAGAGCAUUCACACCCUAUAGCCAAAUGUGGCUCAGUUCAUGAAACUGACACUACAAGGAAAGGCUUUCUAAACAGAACGUUAGUGGAGUCCGGUACAUACACUGUAGAACAAAUGUUGCCUACCUGCCAGACAAGAUCUUUUCAUUUGCAUGCAACAGCUGUGGACAGCAAACUAGAUGAGAUCAAUAGUAACAUAAGCUGGACUGGCCCAGGAAGUGUUGGAGAAAGGAACCAUGAAGAGAAGAAAGUUAAAAGCAUCUUAAACAUCGUCAGAGAAGGGCAAAUUUCACUCCUGCCACAUCUAGCAGCUGAUAAUCUGGAUAAGAUCCAUGAUGAAAAUGGAAACAAUCUGUUGCACAUAUCUGCCUCACAAGGACAUGCUGAAUGCUUGCAACAUCUAACUUCGCUGAUGGGGGAGGACUGCUUAAAUGAACGCAAUAUUGAAAAACUCACUCCAGCUGGUUUAGCAAUCAAGCAAGGCCAACUGGAAUGUGUGCGAUGGAUGGUUAGUGAAACAGAAGCAAUUGCAGAGUUAAGUUGCUCACGGGAUCAUCCAAGCCUUAUUCAUUAUGCAGCUUGUUAUGGGCAGGAGAAAAUCCUCCUGUGGCUUCUCCAGUUCAUGCAAGAACAGGGAAUUUCCUUGGAUGAAGUGGACAAGUAUGGGAACAGCGCAGUACACAUUGCCUGUCAACAUGGCUAUCUAGGAUGCAUUCAGACCCUGGUCGAGUAUGGAGCCAAUGUCACCAUUCAGAACCAAGCUGGAGAAAAGCCAUCUCAGACUGCUGAGCAUCAUGGACACACUAUGUGUUCACGGUACUUGGUGGUUGUAGAAACCUGCAUGUCCUUAGCAUCGCAAGUAGUGAAGUUAACUAAGCAACUAAAAGAGCAAACGUCAGAGAACGUCACUCUGCGGAAUCACCUUCGGCAGUUAUUAGAGGCCCAAAGAAUGGAAGGCGGAGUGUCACAGAUGUCUCCCAGUUCUCCUCUGUCACCUGGGUCCAGCAGGACUGAGAUGAAGACGGCUGAUGCAAAUGAUCUGAAUUUACAGAAAGCUAAAAUCACAGAGGCACUUCAGUGUGUCAGCAAUGCGGGGCACGUUAAUCGAAAUUUGCUCAAGCAGAAAAAUGAAGAGUCAGAUAAAGUACUGCGACAGCUUUUGGGGAAGGAAAUUUCAGAGACUGUCUGCAACCCAAACAGACUAACAUUACCAUUCAAAGAAGGACAACAGGAGAAUGCUAAUGUAUCAUCUAAAAAUGUCAUAAGGAGGAUUCCUGCAGAGAAACGAGAACUUAAGUUAGCCAGACUGAAGCAGAUUAUGCAAAGAUCUCUCAGUGAAUCAGACUCAGACUGCCUUAAUUCUGAGGAUCAGAAGAACAUUCAAGUUAAAAGAGUUGAUAAACCAAGACCACUGCCAAUAGUGGAAAAUGUUGAAUGCACUGAAAGUUUAGAGCUCAUGAUCAAAAAACACACAUCUGCAACUGGACGCAAGUUCCCUUUUGGAAUUCGUUCUUCUAAGUCCUGUGAUGAACAUAGUCCCUCUCCUACAUCUGAAAGCAGUGAUCCAGAUUAUGAAUCCCAGUACCAGGCUAGCAGUCCUCAAAACAAUUCAUCUGGAGCAGUUUCGCCCAGUGAUAGCUCCAGCACACAAAAAGUUACCACCAGCCCCAAAAGUGCCCUAAAGUCUCCUUCUUCCAAACGUAAAGCAUCCCAAAACUUGAAACUCCGUGUGACCUUUGAAGAACCUGUUUCCCAGCCUGAACAAGCAGAGCUUGAACUGGAGUAUUGCAAAGACAAGGGAAGUGACAGAGCAAUCCCUCAAGGUUUUGCUCCCACUGAAGGGAUGGAACAAGGCAAGCGUCCCUUUGGAACUUUCAGGUCAAUAAUGGAAACUUUAAGUGGUAACCAGAACAACAACAACAGCAGCAGCCUUCACAAUGUCAAUGUAGUCAAGACUGCGACCUCAUUUCCUGUGAGUUCUGUGGGAAGAAAAGCUGAGGAAGUAAAGGAAUGUCCAGUCACCCCCACUAAAGUAAAGAAUAAGACAGAAUCUUGCACUCGCAGUAUCACCCACAUCUCUAGCUUGCUGAAUGAAGAACAAGAGCACAGCAUUGCAUGGCAAGAACACCACAAUGAGAUUCCCAAGAAAUCUUCUGGAAAAAAAGGUUUUGACACCACAGAAGAGGCAGAGUGCCAGGAAGUCUUCCUUUAAAUAAUAAUACAUUGUAUUCCCUCAUUUCUUUUGCUUUCAGGCAAUUAACAAACUGCAUUUUGGCGACUGUAGCUUGACUCUGUCUGAGUUUUAUACAGUGGGUGAUUAAAUGAAAUUCCAGCUGAGUCAGUAAUUGUGGAUUUCUUGACAGCGUUGAACGUAGCAUAGAAAAUCUUCACUGAUCUUGGUAACCCCAGAAUUUUAUGUUAGUUCAUUCUGUCUUUGUUUUUGCAGGACUGAUAGUAGCUGCUGAAAUUAGUUUAGCUACUAAAGUUGAAACUAUAUGAUAUGCUAUGAAAUGCAUAAACUUUUUGUAAUAACUUUCUUAAUGAAAAAGGAGCGAUGUGGCUGUAUGACACAUUUGUUUACUUAAUUUACAGUUUUGUUGUAUAUUUAACCAAUUAUCUUAUUAAAUAAUUCCUGGAUUAGUAAAAUGGC